AUGUCCCCGAAUUAUUUGGCACUACAAGAUGAAGAUGAUGUGAUGCAUAUCCAACUUGUUUUUAUGUUGAAGGGUCUCCACGGACGGGACGUUAAAACAGGCAUUCCCGCAGCAGUAUACAAGCUUGCUGAUAAUAUAGAUGAUUGGAAUAGGUUUGCAUGGAGUACGUAUUUCUGGACUUAUACUUCGCGUUUGAUGCGUGGAAUGUUUAAGAAAAUAGAAGAGUUUAGACUAUUCAAGCAGGCCAAUCCCGAAUCCAAGAAAGUACACAACUGGAAAUCUGAUGACACUGAUGAAAACAAACAAGAUGUGAAGGAUUCACAUGAAAUACCUCCACGAGUUGUGGUUGAUCAAGUAUUUGGUGAUACAAAAGGAUUCGACAAAAUUCUAAGUGACAAAGGUGCACAUUAUUUGGAAACCAACACUGUGGUUUAUCCAAAUUUUAUAUGCACAGACAAAACAAUUUUUCCAAAUCAAGUAUUUGACACUACUGGGAAUCCUGAGAAAAUUAAUCCUGAAUUCAACAAAAUUGUUGAAAAUAAUAAUCAAAGGGCAAUUGAUGCAGAAACGAAUGCUCCUGAUAAUCAAACAUCAGAAUCCUCAAAACAUAAUGAUGAUUCAACAAUCACUACAAUGUCAAUAACUUGCGAAAGUGUGCCUGGAGUUAAUAUGGUAGAGCAAACUUUCGAGGGGGAGAAAGAAAAUAUGAAUCAUCAAGUUGAUGGGGAGCAUUCGCAAAAUUAUCAGGAAUAUCAUUUAGAAGGGGAGCAUCAAGAUGAAUGUCAUGUUGAGGGGGAGCAUCAAGAUGAACAUCAUGUUAAGGGGGAGCAUGAUGAAAUAGAGACAAUUAAUCUUGAUGAAAAUGAUGAGUUUCAUGUAAUAAAUGAUAAUUUUUCUGUUGCAUGA